AGACGUCAGAACAUUUCGGGAAAGAUUCGUACGGCACUCAGCCCCAGCUCAACCGCAGACCUUGACUGCUUUACGGCACUCCAUUGGGACAACCAAAGAUGUUCUACAAAAAACAAGAUGAUGACACGUUCCGCCAUUUUGGUCAAGUAGCUCACGAACGAACUGCAACCAGAAAGCCAAAACCGGCUGCACCAAUGUUAUUGGAAUCCGUCACUCGAUACGGAAGUACCACCCGCAUGCGAGGUUUUUCGCUGUUGUUACGAGCACGUGAAUACCGCGUUACAAAACUGAACUCGGAAUCAAUGUUAAAAUAUUUGUGACGGAACAUCAUCCAUCUACUGUGUGACCCACCUUGUCACAAUGACAUUGUGGUUGACAAUCAUGAUAAUCAUGCAACAACGAGGUUAAUUGUGAGAUGAGAUCUACGAUGAUGUUUCGGCUACAGAGUGUAGGUUUCUGCUUAAGAAGGUUCCUUCAUAAGGUCCCCGUGAACCGGGACCAGGUUCUGGAGCAGUUGCGGAUCUGCUCUGCCGAAGACCAUAUAUUUGAGGUGGUUGGUAAGAACAAGACCAAACUCACCGUGGACCACGUGAGUUUGGCCGUGAAGAUGCUGUGGUACUUCCAGAAAGAGAAACCACAAUUAUUGAGAACAGUUGAGCUCACCAGGAGUCACCCGCAGUUCCUGACACUUUGUGUUCUGGCUGAGAACAAAAUUGCUCUCAUGGACCAUUUUAUGUUGGUGGACUUACUUUAUAGUUUUCUCAGACUGAAUGUGGAUCCCUGUGAAUCGCUUGUUCAGCAAUUGGUGUCAGAGGCCUGGUUAAGAUUGGACAAACUUCCAAUGGCAUGCCUGUCCAAGUUCGCCGUCUGCCUCACUGAUCAACAACUUCAAUUAAGUCCUCUGAUGGGUCACAUCACUAGUAUUGUGGAUCAGAAGUUAUCAUCCAUCAAUGAUGCCAGGAUCCUAACCACAUUGCUCAUUAGCGUGUCAUCGCUGGUUUCUCCUCGGCUACGUGACGCCCUCAUUAGCCAUGCUGACCACCUCCUGGACAAGAUGGAUCCGUCUAAUUAUAAUAACGCUCGAAGAGUGGUGCAAUUCUUGCGCCACAUGAAGUAUAGCCACAGGCCUCUGCUGGAGAAAUGUAAUCAGAUCCUCUUGCGCAACAUUCCCAGACUGGACGCGGAGAACAUAAGUAUUUUCAUGGGGCUGUAUCAAUCCCUGCAGUUUAACAACUGCGACUUCAGGCUGGCUGUGAGACAACGCCUCAUGGAACUCAUUGAUUCUAGCACUGACCCAUUCUCUUUUACAAAACUGUUUGCUGCGCUGGCGCCCAUGGCCAGUCUGGAGGUCAGAGACAGUUUGGAGGGCACGGCUCUCCUGUUGGCUGAUGAGUUCAGUGCACAGCAGGCGUUGGCCAUCACUGAAACACUGGAAGAGAUUCAGAGCAGGAACCUUAGCUUGAUAAACAAAAUUGUAUCAGUAAUCCAAAGAAACCUUCAUAUCUAUAAGCCAGUGGAGGCCAGCAGAAUCACACAAGCCCUUUAUCUGUUGCAUUAUCAGAAUCCAGAACUCUUCACCAAAUUAAGAAACAUUUUGGUCAAAUUUUUAGAACGCAGUGUCUUCCCCUACGAAGUGACCAUGUUGACCCGCGUUUUGUCCAUGUUGCCUUCGCCGCGCCUGGAGGAAGGAGUGAUCUCACGGGUGGACGCGGUCAUGUCCCAGUGCAACCUCAACGACCUCAGCAGCAUUUCCUUAGCCCUCGCCAAGUGGGUGCGCAACGACCUGUCGUAUCGUCACGGCACCCCCAGCAAGUACGUGAAGCUGCUGCAGAGCCUCAACCGCUGCGGCCACGAGAGGCUCCAGACGUCGGACCGGUUGGACUUGCUGCUUGAGGAGCUCAGGUACAUUUCUGGGGAGUGGUUCGAGGAAAUGCUGCUUGAAGAAGCCAUGGCCACGUUGCAGAGGAUGAUGGACCAAAUAAACUGGACGAACGUGCCAGAUCUGUCCCUCUUCUUAACCAGGACCAAUCAUCUCUGUGCUCCCUUGAUGGAGCAUAUCGCCACUGUGGCCAUUAGAGACAUUGACAAGAUUCACCACUCAGCAACAUAUGCCACCCUACUUCCCUUUUCUAUCCUCAAUUAUGAUUCGGAAAGCACAGACAAGCUGUACGAUGUUUGCGUACGGCGUUUCACUCCUCAUAUCAGCUCCUUUGACCCUCAUCUACUGGUUUUGCUGGCCUUCUCCCUGGCGGUAGCAGACUGUUUUCCUGAAGAACUGGUCAGAGAAAUCUUCAGCAUAGAUUUUCUCGGAAAGCUCGACGCCCAGCUGGAAAUGCUACCCGAUGCCCUUAACAUGCGUACUCGACUGCGUCUCAUGGAGCUCAAUCGCGCUGUGUGUCUCGAGUGUCCCGAAUUUCAGGUGCCGUGGUUUCACGAGCGCUACUGUCAAAAGCUGCAAAACAAAGGAAAUGGUUCCAUCAGCCCUGUGCAAAAGCAAAUCCACAAAAUGUUGGCGGAAGUCCUUGGGGGCAUGAACUUUGUCCGAGUUGCGGAGGUCACGCCAUAUUUUUACACUAUAGACUUUGAAUGCAUUCUGGACAAGCAGCUCCAGCCAUUGCCUUACAGCGAGCCAAGUACUCUGCAAAUCUCAGAAAAAGGAAAGAUCCACUGGGGUUCUAGGUCACCGGAGAAUGUCAGGAACGAGCUUCCACCUGGAGCACAGCGUGUCGCUGUUAACUUCCUUGACUUCAAGUCCUUCUGCAAAAAUUCCCACCAUACAAAGGGAGAGGCCCUAAUGAGGAAACGCCACCUUGAAAUUUUGGGAUAUCGUGUGGUUCAGAUCCCUCACUUUGAAUGGAACUCCAUGGAGCUUUCGACACUGGAUGCAUGGAAGGAAUACCUCAAGAAGAAAAUAUUUAGAGAGCGGUCGCCCUGAAGGGCUUAUUUAUUGCAAUAUUUUUUUUUAAAGUCAACACAUUUUGAGCCUUAAAAUGAGAAAUUCACAGAAGUUUCAUCAAGUGCUCCUUAUUCAUACUAACAAUUCAUGACUGUGACAUGAGUAUGUGGUUUUUUUUUUUUUAAAUAAUUUUUCAAAUACUAUAUGGAGCAUUUUGCUUGUCCUCUUUUUUCAUAUUCACCUUUUUUAUACUUUACAAUUAAUACAUUUAUUGAUUUAGUGGUUGCCACAUAAUGCUUUGGGCCUUUUUUUCUUCAACUAGAACUGGAGCUUUAAUGAACAUGGAGGGAAUUAUGAACAGUUCCACAUCCCAAUCAGUGUGAGAACAAAGCCUUUAGGUAUCUGCUGCAAAGCUAAACAAAUGUCAGCAAACUUUUACUGGAAUAUCCAUUCAUCCAUCCAAUUUCGUUGCCGCUCAUUCCCACAAGAGUCGCAGGGAACGCUGUAACCUAUCCCAGCUGUCAACAGCCAGGUGGCGGUAAACACACACAAUCACACCUAGGGGCAAUUUAGAGUGUCCAAUUAAUGUUGCAUGUUUUUCUUAUUGGGAUGUGGGAGGAAAUGCCCUAAGUAAGCCCACACAGGCACGGGGAGUACAUGCAAACUCCAUACAAGCAGGUCCGGGAUUGAACUCGGGACCUCAGAACUGUGAACCCAAAGCUUUACCAGCGGAGCCCACCGUGCCCUUUACUGGAAUAUCUUAACUUAAUUUAUGGUCAAUCAGAGGCACUUGACAUAGUGGCAGGUGUGUCCCAGUUAUGAGGGUGUGCGGAGUUAUGCAACUCCAUUAUCCCAGUUCAUUUUUUCUGUUACUUUCAGAAAGAUGUUUGUCUUUUUGUUCAAUGGGGUUUGUCAGUCAUUGGUC